CUUAGGGAUACGCGGGCAGCGCGCGACCAUGCCGAGCGCUGUGAACCAAAGCUUGUCCUUGCACAAUGACCUGGGAGAUCUCACGCGAGCAGAAGCCAAUGCCAUUAUUGACCGAAAUGGCAUGUUUCUGGGAGCCUCACGUGACUUUUGGAUCCUACUUGUCACAUGCGUUUCAGCCAUGGCGGUGUGCUUUCUGAUGACCUUCGGCACGGUGGAACUCAACACGCGCCGCCGGCGCAAAGCGGAUCCGGAGAGCGACGAGGAGAUGGUGGAACCCCUGACGAAGCCCUCGCCGGAUGUGGGCUUCGCGCAGAAGACUCUCUUCAAGGGGUCACGCUAUGGGACCAGCUUCGCGUUUCACGCUGACUUGGCGUUGAGAGGAUCCUUAGUAGCGCUAUUUUGCGCUGCAACGUAUUGCUUCGAAUUUCUGGCUUGGUGGCGCCAUCAAGGGUGGUCAAUGGGCUACGUGGUGGUGAUUUUGGCCUUCACCUUGUACCUGGACCUGGGCAGCACCGUGAACUCAGCCUGGACGGGUUUCUAUGGCACGCUGCUGCCAGUGCUGAACUGCUGGCUGAUGUUUUUCCUCUAUCCCAAUGGCGUGAAGCGUGGCGACAUGUCCAGCAUGGUCUUUGGAUGGGUCGAUUUCUUCGUCUUUGUCCUGCUGACCUUCGCCUUGGGAUUCGCCACCAAUGCCAAGAUGUAUGCCUUGUCGUGGCAGGCCUAUUUCUCCAUGUGCUUUCUGAACCCCUUCGAUACCACGGUCUUCAGCCGCGGCGCCGCCGAUGUUCAGCUCCAGGCGGCGGAGACGGGUGCGCUGAUGGGCACCAUCAUAGGAUGUGUCUUCGCCAUCUUUGUCGCCAUUCUGCCUAGGAAUAUCUCUGCUUUGAACAAGGCCCAGGACCUGAUGAUUGACCUGGCCUGGUCACAUGGCAGACUCCUGGAACAGCUCAUGGAGCUGGGCUGUUUCCGCAUGCAGCCGCAAGCCGCAAGCGUCUUCGCGGUGGAGGUGCAGAACCUGCAACAGCAGCUGGAGGAGAUUCGAAAUCUACUAAGCAUCAGCUGGUGGGAAUGCUUCGACUUGGGCGCUGCAGGGCAGAGUCGCUUGAUGCUGCUGGAGAUGUGCCGCAGCGUAGAUUUCUUGAACGACUGGGUGGAAGCUAUGGUCAUGGCUGUGCAGCAUGCGAAAGGCAGCAAGGACCCAGAGCUGGCACACAUCAUGGAUGGCGCACAAAAGGAACUCUUGCAGCUGAUCUACAGCACCAAAGGGUCGCUGCAGCGAAGUGCCUCCGCGGCCGCGCAAGGGGACCUGAACUCAGAGACCGAAGAGCGCUUGGAGUUUUGCCUCAGUGAAUUGGAGGAUGGACAAGUGAAACUACACGAGGUUUUCAAGACCCGGCUGAAGCAAGAUGGCUCCUGGCAGCGCUUCUUCACUUCAUCUCACCUCCCACAGUUCGCCUUGGCGUCCAGUGCCAGUGGCUACACCCAAAAGGUGGCCGACCUCCUGGAGUCCAUGGCAGAGUUUGACCCUUCAGACCGUGCAGUGGGACCCUGCAGGGGCUUUCUGCAGGGUGUGAUCGCAUUGCCAGGGAAAGACCUCGUUAGUUGGGAUGCCAAUCUGAACAUUUUAAAACUCAUGGCGACCUUCACCCUGUGCUUCAUCCUCGGCAGGCUGGGAAUCGGAUCACAGACGAAGUUUGUGCCCGCCUUCAACGCCACUCCUGCAGGGACUGUGGCAUAUUUGAUCUUUCAGGGUGGAGACCAAGCCGCCGCCCUCAAGAAGAAUAUGGAUCGUUUCAUGGGCGUGGCUUUUGGCUCCAUGCUUGGCACCAUGACGAUUGGCACCUGUGGCUCCCUGGUGGGGUACUUUGGCUGGUAUGGCUCCUCCGUUCUCUUCUUGGUGAUUUACUUCGCCCUCGAAUUUCUGGCUUUGUAUGUCUACUUUGGGUCUCCAUCCUUUUUUUACGUUGGCCUCAUGUUCUCAUGUUUCUUCGCAACUUCGGCCCUGAGACCCAUCGACGAUAUCAUGGCUUUAGGAAAAUCCAAUUACCAAAACAUUCUGAGUCAGUUGAUGGCGAUCCUAAUCGCAACGCUGAUGGACAUCCUUGCCGACAAGUCCCUCAGCAUCCGUGCAACGGCCAACUUGGAGAAGUUCAUUGUCGUCACUGAUGAGGCUUUUGACAGCUAUCCUUUGAGCACCAGAAGCGAAACGCGGGAAAUGCGCAAGGAAGGCCUGGCCCACCUGUGCGCUGCAAGCGCCGAUGGCGCCGAGGCGGCACGGGAGCCGCGCUGCCUGGGCGUGCCGUGGCGUGAGGACUUGUGGAACCGCAUGCUGAAGGUUUGCACCGAGACGUGGCAAUGCCUGACCCUUGUGAGCACCACCUUGAACCCUACCACGGAUCAAGAGAAGUCUUUACGGGCCUCGGUGGAGGUCUUGUUCAGGUCUCCCACCUUCAAGCAGGAGAUGCGACACAUGAGACAUCGCCAGGCGAAAACCUUUCAGCUGGCAAUGCAUUUCAUGAAGCAGAACUAUUAUGAUGAGAGGAGUGUAGAGAUGAUGGAACUACAAGAGGCUUUAGUGUCCAGCAAACCGCUCUUGGCAGAGGCAUCGGUGCCUCAGAUCAUGAAAGAGCUCCAAGCUGGGCUGAACAUCGAGGAAAAAGCACAUCGAUUGCUGGACAACCAGAUCUGUGCAGUGGCUAUGUUCCUGAUGAUGUUUGAGGCGCUAGUGGAGCGCGAAGCACAGCUGGAGGCGGCAAUUUUGCAGCAACCUGAAGUUUGGCAGCUACUUGCACAGGAGGACGUGGAGGAUCAAGACAGCACUUUCAGUGCUGACUAGCAGGGCCAUGACCUGCGUGCGAAUCAAUGGCUGCAGCCGCCAAUUUGUGUGCUUUUGACUUGGUUUUCUCAUCUUUUCUCCAUUCAAA